AUGAUCAUCUUCUGUAUCUUCCAAAUUCCUGUCGCCGUCGCUCAGAACCUGCAAACAAUCUUUAUCUGUAGAUUCUUCGGUGGAGUUGCUGGCUCCGCUCCUCUGGCAAUCGUCGGAGGCAUGUUUGUCGAUUUCAUGGAGCCAAUCAACCGUGGUGUAGCCACAAGUGUCUUUGCUGGAGCAGUUUUCGCUGGCCCCGUAGCCGGACCUGUCGUUGGCUCUUUCAUCACAUACAGCUACCUCGGAUGGCGGUGGACUGUCUGGAUUACCCUCAUCAUGUCUGCUUUCUUCACGAUUCUCGCUUACCUGAUGACACCGGAGACUUACGAACCCGUCUUGCUAGCGUGGAAGGCCGACAAGCUCCGUCACGAAACCAAGGACUGGGCCCUGCGUUCCAAGAGCGAGGAAGAUCCUCUCAACAGCGACACAAUCGUCAACAAGUAUCUGAUGAAGCCGCUCAUCAUGAUUGUCAAGGAGCCAAUUUUGAUUAUCCUCACACUUUACAUGAGUCUUGUUUACGGAAUUCUGUAUCUGACAUUUGAAGCCUACCCCAUCAGUUUCGAAAUGGAUCGCGGUUGGUCUCCUGGUCUCGCCUCUCUACCCUUCAUCGCAAUCUUCAUUGGAGUCGUUCUCGCAUGCGCCACCAUCGGAAUCUUCAGCAAGACCUGGUACGCCAAACGCCUCAUCGAAUCUGGCAAACUCAAUCCUGAGGAUAGACUCCCACCCAUGAUCGCUGGCUCCUUGAUCCUUCCCAUCGGACUAUUUUGGUUUGCUUGGACUUCGCACCCAUCAACUCAUUGGGCCCCUCAAGUUGUUUCAGGCAUUUUCAUCGGUCUGGGCAUCAUCUUGAUCUUCAUGAGCGGUGUCACAUACAUGGUUGAUGUGUACUUGCUCAACGCCAACAGCGCUAUUGCCAUCAACACAUUCAUCAGAUCUGCGGUAGCCGCUGGAUUCCCCAUGUUUGCCACGUACAUGUACAAUGGCCUUGGUGUGGACUGGGCGACUUCGCUGUUGGCGUUUGUGUGUAUUGCACUCAUUCCUUUCCCGCUGAUCUUCUGGUUCUAUGGCAAGAAGAUUAGGAGUUGGAGCAAGUUUGCUUUUAACCUUGGUUAG